CUCGGAGACUCCGCCCACCAUUUCUUCCGGCUGCCGGGGACGGAGCGGAGCGGAGGGUUUGCGGGCUGCCCGGCAGGCAGUUGCGGUAGCUCAGAUUCCAAAUGAAAAUGUUUGAAAGCAUUGACUCUACAGCUACAAAAUCUGGCCCGGAUCUUUGGGCUGAAAUCUGUUCCUGUUUGCCAAAUCCUGACCAAGCUGAUGGUGCCAAAAAUGCCUUCUCAGACUCCUUUAUGGAUUCUUAUCCUGCAAGCACAGGCCAGAGAGAAGCCCCGGACUUUGCUACUGAGCCAUCUAUAAAGCCUUGGGCUCCCUUGCAGGAUUCAGAAGUGUAUUUAGCAUCUUUAGAGAAUAAACUGAGAAGAAUCAAAGGUUUAAAUCAGGAAGUGACUUCUAAGGACAUGCUUCGAACCCUGGCCCAAGCCAAGAAGGAAUGCUGGGAUCGGUUCCUCCAGGAAAAGUUAGCGUCAGAGUUCUUCGUGGAUGGACUUGAUUCUGAUGAGAGGUAAUUGAUUCCCAGGCCAGUUCUAGGUGACAGUCUGUUUUACUGUGGGCAUUUCUUUUUCUCUAAAGAAUUCAGGGAGAGUGACAUCUGAGUUGAGAUAUUAGUUGGUAUCAACAUCAGCGUUUCUGAGUUAAAAUCAUCCUUUGUCAAUUUGCUCUAUUUCCUCUUAGUACAGCAGCAGAUUUUUGAGAAAGGGUAUUUUUGCCAAAAGGCAAAUACUCCAGCCACAUCUUGAUCACAGAUUGGAUGUAGUUGAGGAUAAACCAUUGCCCCUUUUUUAAAAAAAUUUUUUUUUAUCCUCACCCUAGGAUAUGUUUUUUAUUGAUUCUCAGAGAGAGAGGAAGGAAGAGAGAGAGAGAGAAACAAUCAGUUGCCUCCCAUACAUACCCCAACUAGGAAUUAAACCCUCACCCUAGGUAUGUGCCCUGAUCUGAAAUCAAACCCGCAACCUUUUUGGUGUAGAGGAUGAUACUCCAACCAACUGAGCCACCUGGCCAGGGCCAUUGUCUGCAUUUUUAAGUGCAUGUACAUAAAGCACUUGAGAAAGUAGUAAUCAGUCAACAACUGGAACUAUGUCUUCUUACCUCCGAAUCUCUGUUGCCUUACAGAGUUUCUGUCAUUUUGUAGCCUCUCAAAUGUGUGUAGACUAAAUGAAUGAUUUCCUUAAGCAUCUACUGAGUGAAGGCACUGUGCCUGGUGUCCUGGUGGAGGGGAGAUGUAAGGAAGUUUAACACCCUCUUUUUUUGUCCUUGUAACUAGUUGGGGAGAGAUGACACAUAGAUAUAAUGAUGUACCUAAUAUGAGGCAGCAUGAGAGAAGAGCCAGGUGAGAAGAAGCGACAGGACAUGCUUUAGGAGUUGAGAGACCAUUGAGCUAGCUCCCUUUGGGCUCUGGUGUUUGUGCCAAGGGAGGAGGCAGGACUUGAACAGUACUUACAGGUGGGCCCGAUGCAGAAAGGAGAGAGAGCAUUCUGCCACAAGGCAGGGAAUGCGUGAUACCGGGAAAAUGGCUCUGCCACUUAGUGGUGAUAUGUUCUUUGGUGAGUAAACUGUGUGUGCCUCAGUUCCCUCCUCUGAAGCACAGGAAACCUCAUAAGGUUAUGGUGAAGGUUUAAUGAGUUAC